AUGAGAAAUCUACAGCCGUGGGAACAGGUCGUCGCUAAAAAGCGUUCUCUGCGAGAUCAAAAGAUAGAACCCUACAUUGUCGCCGAUAUUGAACAACGUUUUCCUCGGGUGUACAAUGUUCAUGAGCGCACCUGCCUGCAUGAUGCAUCCGGCUUUGAGGAAAUUACCGACAUUGACAGUGCUCUUCAGCUUUUCGAACAAUUGAAGACCGGAAGAAUCACUGCGGAGCAGACCACCCUAGCCUACAUCAAAAGAGCUGUGGUGGCACAUCAAUUGACAAACUGCUUUACAGAGGUUACCUUCGAGGAAGCCUUGGUACAAGCCAGGGACUUGGAUCGCGAGUUUCAACGGACUGGCAAAGUCAAAGGUCCCCUGCAUGGUAUUCCGGUCACGCUGAAGGAUCAGUUCAACAUCAAAGGGGUCGAUAGCACACUGGGCUACGUGGGCCGCUCGUUUGCGCCCGCUGCGCAAGAUGCGAUCAUGGUUCGGUUACUGAAAGACAUGGGUGCUGUUGUGUUGGCAAAGACGAACUUACCACAGAGCAUUAUGACGGAAAAUCCCCUCUGGGGCCUAACAACCAAUCCGCGGGACCCUGCACUUACGCCGGGCGGCUCAACUGGAGGAGAAGCUGCGCUUUUGGCACUGCGCGGUUCUCUUUUAGGGUUUGGAACAGACAUCGGUGGGAGCAUCAGAAUCCCGCAAAGUCUCAUGGGACUGUAUGGCCUGAAACCCAGUAGUAGCAGACUUCCUUACCACGGAGUUCCCGUUUCAACUGAAGGACAGGAGCACGUUCCUUCAUCUGUUGGUCCCAUGGGGAGGGACCUAUCGUCACUCUGCUAUGUAAGUCGAGCUUUAAUCGAUGCUAAGCCAUGGUUGUUUGAUCCGAAAUGCCCACCGCUUCCUUGGAAUGAGAACGUUUUCCGAGAAAUUCAAAGUCGACCUAUGACUAUUGGCCUGGUCGUGGAUGAUGGAGUCGUGAGGGUCCAUCCACCCAUCGCACGAGCUCUCCGUGAGCUUUCUACUGUGUUAAAGGCGCACGGUCACGACAUAGUGACAUGGGACGCGUCAGACCAUCUGGAGUGUAUCCGCCUCAUGGACUUAUUCUACACUGUUGAUGGUGGUGAAGACGUUCGUCGCGAUAUUGAUGCGGCGGGGGAGCCAUAUAUUCCCCACGUUGAAGCGCUCGUCAACCGCGGCAAGGCUGUCUCCGUCUAUGAGUAUUGGCAGCUCAACAAGAGAAAGGUUGCUCUACAAGAGCGAUAUCUCAACAAGUGGAACGCGACCCUCUCUCCCUCGGGUAAGCACGUUGACAUACUUCUGGCUCCAACCACACCUCAUCCAGCCAUUCCCCACCGGAGUAUACGGUGGGUUGGUUACACAAAGAUCUGGAACUUUCUCGACUAUCCUGCCGUUACUUUCCCUGUAGAUCGAGUCAGGGCGGACCGGGAUGAGCUACCGGCUGACUAUCAGCCAAGGAAUGAGCUUGAUGCAUGGAACUGGCAACUUUACGAUGCUAGGGCCAUGGAUGGCCAUCCAGUUAGUCUCCAGGUGAUUGGCAGGAAACUGGAAGAGGAGGUGGUACUAGGCGCAGCGAGUGCCAUUGAAACCCUUUGGAAGAAAGCAUGUGCUAUCGCUGAAGGAGCAUGA